AAACACAAACAACCACAAGAAAACCACUAAACCAAGAUGGCGGUACAAGAAACAGCAUCCCAACUGUCCAUGGCUCUCAAAGUCCAAGAAUAUCCCAUCCUAAAGGUGCCCUACGAGACUCUGAACAAGCGUUUCAGAGCAGCUCAGAAGAACAUUGAUCGGGAGACAAGUCACGUGACCAUGGUGGUUGCAGAACUGGAGAAGACUCUGAGCAGCUUCCCUGUGGUCGACUCUGUGGUGUCACUGCUUGAUGGAGUGGUGGAAAAACUCAGUGCCCUGAAGAGAAAGGCUGCCGAGUCCAUCCAGGCAGAAGACGAGAGUGCCAAGCUGUGUAAACGGCGCAUUGAGCACCUGAAGGAGCACAGCAGCGACCAGCCAGCCUCUGUAAACCUGUGGAAGAAGAAACGCAUGGACCGCAUGAUGGUUGAACAUCUGCUGCGCUGCGGCUACUACAAUACAGCUGUUAAACUGGCCAGACAGAGCGGCAUAGAGGAUCUGGUGAACAUUGAGAUGUUCCUCACAGCUAAGGAGGUGGAAGAGUCUCUUGAGAGGCAGGAGACAGCCACUUGCCUUGCUUGGUGCCAUGACAAUAAGUCUCGCCUCCGCAAGAUGAAGAGUUGUCUUGAGUUCAGUCUAAGAAUCCAGGAGUUUAUCGAGCUCAUCAGACAAAACAAACGCAUGGAUGCAGUCAGACAUGCAAGGAAACACUUUAGCCAAGCAGAGGGUGGACAGCUGGAUGAAGUUCGGCAGGUGAUGGGCAUGCUGGCCUUCCCAUCAGAUACGCACAUCUCCCCAUACAAGGAUCUUUUGGAUCCAGCCCGCUGGAAGAUGCUGAUCCAGCAAUUCCGAUAUGAUAACUACAGACUGCACCAGCUGGGAAACAACUCUGUCUUCACUAUCACUCUGCAGGCUGGUCUGUCUGCCAUCAAGACACCUCAGUGCUACAAGGAGGAUGGUACCUCUAAGAACCCAGACUGCCCAGUGUGCAGUAAAUCUUUAAACAAAUUAGCCCAGCCGCUACCCAUGGCCCACUGUGCCAACUCUAGACUAGUGUGUAAGAUCUCUGGGGAAGUCAUGAAUGAAAACAACCCUCCAAUGAUGCUGCCUAAUGGAUAUGUAUACGGCUACAAUUCCCUUCUGUCCAUCCGCCAAGAUGACAAAAUAGUGUGUCCAAGAACCAAAGAAGUCUUUAACUUCUCUCAGGCUGAGAAGGUCUACAUCAUGUGAUCGCACAGAUGACACAUCUGUUAACAAGGUCGCAUAUGGCCCAUCCAUCAACUGUGACCCAGCCUACUCAGAGAGCCACCUGUAGAGCUGUGAUCCAGUGCCCUUUGUUCCCCCCACAGACUCACCCAAUGU